AUGCCACCGUCAACGCCAUUCACAAUUCGCCCGGCGACAAUCGCCGCCUCAGACCACGAGCUUUUGAUAGACUUCCAGCAAUCUCAAAUCGCAUGGCUCUCGAGUGUAGGCAGCUCUGAUCAAUGGGGCACCGGAGUGAUACGGGAAACCAACCCUCGAGUGUCGGACACGACUCGCGCUUGGAUCGAGAGGAGCGAGCAUAAAGCACCUUGGAGCAGUGAAUGGUGUCGAGCGUUCGUAGCGGAGACCAGCAGCGGGACUCCAGCGGCUGGCAUGGUACUGGAAUCCAAGUCCAACAAUUACACGCGCGACAUCCUCCCGGAGCAGGAUCCAGGCGACCCUUUCGUCUAUCUGGCGUAUCUGAUCUCCAAUCGCAAUGCUGGAAGCGAAGCCAAAGGCGCCGGAGCGGCUUUGAUCGCUCUGGCCCGGGAGCAGACGCUCGCUGCCGGCGUGAAACGCAUUUGCGUUGAUUGCUGGGCUGGGAAUCAUCGGCACUUGGUCAAGUAA